UGUUUUAAAACAAAACGACGAAGAAGAGGAAGAAGUACGGCUUCGAGGUGUUUGUAUAAAAUUCAGGGACGCUGUUUCGUGAAGGAUCAGUUCAAUGUGUAUUUUAAAACAUAACGGAUUAUGAUACAGACACAAGGAGAACCAGAGACUGUUGGCGAAUCAGCGAGCGCUUGAGGCUACCGUAGAAGCUGCAGCGCCAUCGGACAGGUCACUGAGCCCUGUCCGUUCAUGGAGACAGGAACUUGUGCUCCAUAGCACCGCGUUUUUCUACCGUUCUCUGCAGAUAGCCCACAGGUAGCUAACAUCGACAGGCUCUUCCUAAGUUGCACAAGGUCUAUGGGAGGUUUUGAUUCAUCUUCUGUUCGCCGUGAAUGAUGCAUCGUCUGAGUGGCCAGGCCACCAGCAGCCUCCUGCCCUUCUCAGCAGUGACAGUGGAAGCCCUGAGGGAGAAUGAGGUGACUCUGGACUCUGAUUUCCAGGGAAGGUUUACUGUUGGUCGGAGUGGCCUGGCCUGGCUGACAUGUGGCCCCCACCUGGAGGUCAUUAAUGUGGUCACAGGAGAUCGUCUAUCUGCAUAUCGUUUCAGUGAUGGAGGAGAAAGCCCCCCCACUGUCCUGGCUGUGAGAGACUUCAGCUGGCUGAAACGGUCUGGACUGCUGGUGGGGCUGGAGAAAGAUGAAGGCAACAUGUUAUGCCUCUAUGACCUGGGACUGUCAAGGGUGGUCAAAGCUGUGGUAAUACCCGGCAGGAUCACAGCCAUUGAGCCGUUGGUGAGCUACGGCGGAGCAAGCACUUCCACGCAGCACCUCCACCAGAGCCUGCGGUGGUUUUUUGGCAUUGCUGCGGUGGUCACAGAUCUUGGUCAUGUUCUGCUGGUGGACCUGUGUCUGGACGAUCUGUCAGGAAGCCAGAGUGAAGUGGAGGCUUCAACCCUGCAGGUAGUGACCAAGUCUCCAGCAGACAUCCCCAGGCUCAGGGAGGUGUGCACCAGGGAGGGUCGACAUAUCUGUUUUCAACUGAAUGGGCCCAGUGGUCCUGGAGUCACGGCGCUGCAGUACAUCUCCAGAACUAACCAGCUGGCUGUGGGCUUCUCCAAUGGAUACUUACAGUUGUGGAACCUCAAGACCCUCAAAAGAGAGUACCACUCCCAGUUGGAGGGUGGAGGGGUCCCUGUGUACACCUUCACAUUCCAGGAACCAGAGAAUGAUCCCAGGAACUGCUGCUACCUUUGGGCGGUCCAGUCUUCUCAGGACCUUGAGGGCGAUGGGGUCAGUCUGCGUCUGCUCCAGCUGGCCUUCAGUGAGAGGAAGUGUUUGUCUUCUGGAAAGAUCCUCUACGAGGGUCUGGAGUACUGUGAGGAACGCUACAGUCAGCUGCUGGGAUACACAGGGUUCCCACUCAGGGCCCCCACGACAAACACCCGCCUACUCCACUGCCAGACCAUUGAGAAAUACAGACCCCACCCUGACAGAGAUGACAGCAUGAACGAAGUUGCCUCUCCGGACACCAGCGUCGCCCUCUUCAGCUGGCAGGUCAAAGCCUACGGUCAGGGAAGCCCGUCCACCUACAUCGGGGUGUUUGACAUCAACCGUUGGUACCACGCACAGAUGCCAGACUCCUUAAGGAUGGGGGAGUCUCUGCAGAAUUGUCCUUACUUGGCAGUUUGGUCUCUUGACCAUGUGAUGCACAUGGUGUCCACACAUGUUCUCCUGGAUGUGGUGGUUCAUGAGCGGAGCCUGAGCCGUGGACUGCCUUUCACUCGCCCCCCACCAGAACAGUACUUCAAUCCCACCACCUACAAUUUUGAUGCCACCUGUCUGCUGGCCUCAGGGUUGGUGCACCUUACCUGUUCUGGGUAUCAGAAGGAGACCCUGAACUUUCUAAGAAAAGCGGCUCCUUGUUCUGCUGAUGUUAUAUCCACCAUCUACUCUCGCUGCCUCUCGUCCGGCCUCCUCUCAUCUCGACAGGCUGACACUCAGGCCAGCAGCCUCUCACAGGAGGAGCAGCUGGACGCCAUCUUGUCUACAGCAGUGGAGGCCAGCUCCCUGGGACUCAUCACAGGCUGUAUAAAGCAGUGGACUGCAGAAGAACAACCAGGCUCUGCCCUCAACCUGCGCUACAUUCUGGACUGGGCCUGGAACAAAGUGGUCCAGACCAAAGAGGAACUGAAUGGAAUCUGUGCUCCACUGUUCGACAGCUCUUCAAACUUCAUAGACCCUCAGACUUUGCAAUUGCUUCAGCACAACCAGAGGAUGCUGGGAAAUCUCAGCACCAUCUUUCACUGUCUGCUGACUGAAGCCCAGGAUCUGACACAGAAAGGUCUGGUGGGUCUGAUCAACAAGAACUUGGUGUCUCGUCUCAUCUCCCAGUACGCUCAGGUGGUGGUGUGGUUCUGUCGCACUGGCCUCCUCCCAGAGGGAUCAGAGGAAGAUCUGCUGCAGAUCUCCAGGCCGUUCUUCACCCACUCUGUCAUAAGCAACUACUACACCAUUCGCAGGGAGGAGCUGUCCAGCCUGGCCAAGGGUCAGUGGUCUGCAGACUGCCUGAUGAUUGAUGGUAUGGUGGCUCAGUGUGGUGAACAUCUAACCAGUCUUUGGAAAAGAGAUGAAGGGGGGACAGGCCAGUAUCCUCCCCCUACUCUGCAUGCCUUGUUGGACAUUUAUCUGCUGCACAACAUUGAUGAAACCACCAAGCAUGCUAUUGUGAUUUACCUGCUACUGGAUGUCAUGCACUCAUUUCCCAAUAAGGACGGAGCAUCAGUUCAUUCCUUCCCCUCCGCCUUUGCCAUCCCAGUGGGGCUAGUGAAGCUGGUGCAGGGCUUCUGGCUGCUGGAUCAUCACGGCUGGAGUUCCUUUGAGCUGCUCCUCCACCCUGCUGCCUCUGUGUACCACUUCAAAUGGCAGCAUGAGCGUGUUCUGAAUACUCUCAUGUGUCAGGGAAAACACUCCAUCGCACUGCGAUACCUGCAGCUGACCAAGCCACUGAUCAACUCCACCUCUCAGGCCAAACUGUGUCUGUCUGUGCUGCUACACAACAGGUGCCUCAGUGAGGCCUGGUCUUUAGUACGACAGCACUCAAAUCGAUUAAACAUGAGUGAGCUGCUUGAGGUCCUUUUUGAAAAGUGCCAGGAACUGGAUCUAAUCAAAGAGCUGUUCAAACUGCCGCUGCGCCAGAGGGAACAGGAAUGUCUGGAGAAGUUCCUCCAGGGAACAGGAGGCCUCCAAAACAGGGAACUGUUGAUGGUUUAUUAUCUCCAGCAGGCCAACUACAUCCCUGCUCUGCAGCUCAACCACAGACUCAAACUCAACCUGGUGAACGAGCGAGAUCCAAAGCUAAAAGAACGAUCCAACAGCAGGAACUCCAUCCUGGAACAGUACGGAAAAGUUCUACCCAAGGUUCAAAGAAAACUGGCCAUGGAUCAAGCCAAGCCGUACGAGCCACACUGCACAAUUCACAGACAGGUGUCUCGGCCACAGCCUCUGUCCACAGUCUCCAAACCCUCCACCAGUGGGAAAGUCAUGUCCAGGGCAGGAUUUAUCAACGAUGUCCUGACCAAGAUCCUGGAAGUGUGGGCUAACAAAGAUUCCACGCAGGAGUUGUCCCCAGCCAGGACCCCUAAAACAGCUGACUAUCAAAGCCCAGGUACCAGGACAUCAUCCCCUUCAGCACCCCCUGGUGAUUUCCUGGGAACUCCCUUCACUAUGACCAAUAAACGGAAGUCCAGGUUGAUGGAUUUGUUGGUCCAGCCCUCCUGUCAGAACCAGCAGUCUCUCCUCAGUCCUCCUCGAACUCCCAGGUCCUGGGUCUCUGUGAAAGGUGUUGGCAAAGCUCCAGAACUGAGUCUGCUGCAAACACCCCAGGUUGUCAAGAGAGCUCGGGCCUUGGCUGCCUCUGUCCCGGUCUUUUCGGCCUUCACUCCACAGUCCAUCCUCCGCAGCAGCCUGAGGCCCACACCUGUGGCUACACCUUCUGCCUCACCAGGGCGCUCCAUCACUCCUCCACUUCGCAGCAAAGAGAACCGCAUCACUUUCAUCGAAGAGGCAGAGUCUCCUGUUUCAGCGAAGGACAUCCAGUGGUCCAGUGGAAUGGCAGCAGGCAGUGAUAUUGGACUACUGACCAAAGGCUGCACACUGUCCAAGGCGACAGGAAAUACCUGGUCUUCACAACCUGCUGUGGAGGAAGAGACAGCAGAAGAAGAUGUCAUUGAGAACAUUCUGGAGAAGAAGGCUACAAACCAGAUGGAUGAUCAGUCUGAGAUGGACCGUGAAAAUAAGAACUAUGACUAUAUAGACAUGCCCAGUCUAGAAGAGAACACUGAUUCUGGUCCUGGUCCUGAAUCUCAGGAAAAAGAAACCACGGACACUGAACCAGAAUUUCAAUGUGAGGCCAAAACCCCCUGUGGAGCCACAGAAGAAGAAAGGGAAGCAGAGGAAGAUCCAGAAGAAUCCACAGACCUGACAGAGUUCGUGCAGCACCAUCUAUUUGGAGAUGAUCUGUCUUCUUCACUUACCCGUGCUGGAAUCCAUGACACGUCACACAAACACCAGUCCCUUAACAGUGAGUUUCUGGGUGAGAUGGAGAUGGUGGAACAGAUGGCAGUGGAGAGGACAGUCGCUUCUACCAGUCAGAAGUCAAACGUCUCAGUGACAUCAUCUGAACCGACGGCCACAGACUCUCACUCUGUUGUGACUGUAUACGACAGUGAAGAUCCCUCCAGCCCCGAGUCUGAGGGUGAAGAGGAGGAAUCUGAUCAUACUGAGGAGGAAAAGGAAGAAAAUCAGGAGGAGAUAGACUCUGGGAGUGAGGUGGAGAUCAUUCAAGAAGUGCAAGGCAGUGGGAGUCAGCCUCCCCCGGUGUCGACACCCCCCCCUCCAAGUGUAUCAGAACAGGAAGCUGCUCAAUUCUCCCUGUUUCCGGCUACUGUAGAGAUGAAGGCUGUAGAAGUGGACAUGGAGGAUGAGGUGGUGAUGGUCCGAGUCAGUACUGGUGAAGGAAGUAUGGAGGAUGAGGAGCAGGAAAGCUCCUCGUACAUGGAGCUUAAACCCUCCACCACAUUCCUGGUCCCGUUGGAGCUGGUAGACGGACAGCCUGGCCUGGUGGACAGCACUCACCUGGAACUACCUGACAUCGUGGAGGACUCGCCGGCUGAACACAGAAGCACAGAGUCUCACUGCAGCUUCUCUCUGAUGAUUGACAUGGAAGAUGAUGAGAAUGAAGAGCUGCUCAAAAUCACUCUGGAGAACGAUUUGCAAUCUUCUUGUCUACCAGGAGAAGACAAAGCCAUUCAGCUGGACACAGAUGAGCAGGAGACACCUGUCCAUGGAGAUCUAACACCUGAUGGUCAGUCUAAUCCAGGUGUGGAGAGCCUUCAGAUAAAGAAGGGAGAUCAAGGUAAAUCAGAAUCUGUAAUAGUUGAGGUUGAUCUGAACACAGAGCUGGGUGAGGCACAUGCAGAUACUACUGAACUCAGAGACUCAGAGUGUCCUACAGGCAUCAACACACCUGCUGAGGAGCAAAACCCACCUGAAGACAAUCAUAUCACUUCUGUGGAGGAAGAGGUUGGUGACAGUGCUGUGGAAGAGCAGCAGGUUUUGGAAGAGCAGCAGGUGGAGGAAGAGCAGCAGGUGGAGGAGGAGCAGCAGGAGGAGGAAGAGCAGCAGGUGGAGGAGGAGGAAGAGCAGCAGGAGGAAGAGCAGCAGGUGGAGGAAGAGGAAGAGCAGCAGGUGGAGAAGAAGGAAGACGGUCACAGAGCUUCAGCUGAAAGAAAAGAGAGUGCAGAAGUAACUGUGACAAAAAGAGUUACAAGAGGACGGCAGAGAAAAGAUGAUGACUCUGUGAUUACUCUGCCGCAGGAGCAACUACUCCUAGAAACUACUUCUUCUCAAAGAAAGAAGCCUCCUUCAACACCGACCAGGAGGAGCACAAGAAAGUCUGUUCAGUUUGUCUCCUUUCUCCCAGAGGAGCAAGACCAGGAGGUGAGAGUAGAGCCACAUAAGAUCUCUGCCUCUCCUCGACGCACACCCCGAAAAAGUCACCCUCGCACUGGUACACCUGCAAGGUCUACCCUCAAAGUUUUGCCAGAGCUGCCUACAGAGGUGGUGGAGGAGGACACACAGGCCUCAGACACAGAGCAGCCUCCCACAGAGACUUCAGCCGCUGAGGUGUCUUCUUCAGUGGUACGACGGCUCUCAAAAAGGAGCCGAGAGAGCAGCAUGAAGAUCAACACAGGAGGUCAAACAAAAGGAGAGGACGAAGACUCCAAGACCGAUAAAUCACCCAAACAACACCUGGCCCGGGCAACAAUUCCAAGAAAGUCCAGCAGGAGGACUCAAGGCAGCAGCAAGGUUGAGUCCACGCCACUGAAGAGUGUGGAAGAGCAAGAAAUUCUAGAUGAAGUUUUUGCACCUCUCCACCAACGCAGCUCCAGAAAGAUCAAGUUUGACCAGUCUGAAUUGCUCCUGCAAGAUGAGGAGGACGAAGGCAAGAAAGACCAGGAGCUUGGCAGGACAACCAGGAAGUCCCGCCGUAUCUCCCAGAAUGUUCAUUCACAGUUGAGGCAAAGGAGCAUCAGUGCAAACACCAAGGAGAGCGAAGAUGAGAAGAACAGCCACUCCGGCCCACUGACGAGGAACAAACUCUGGCAUCAUCCUGAGGAAGAUCUGGCUCUACUGAAGACUCCUCUGGAGGUGGACCACCAAACUCCAGUGGCUGACGCCCUCAUCAGGAGGCUACAGGAUGAGGAGGAGAAGCAGGACAGUGCUUCAGGUCCAGCCCAACAGUCCAUUAUCUACACACCUUCACGAAGAAGAACCCGAGCCAACCACAGAGGAGCGUCUCCUGGUCAGAGGGAGGAGGCCGCAGUGACUGUCACCCCCAGCAGUAGAAAUCUGCAAGAUGUUCCCUCUCAGGGUGGGGUUUCCUCAAACAAAGAAACAGAUGGUGUUUCUACAACCAGAAGAACCCGCAGACAAACAUCAAGAUCCAAAUCGGUUCCAGAGAUGCCUCUUGAAGUUCAGGUGGACCUGAUCUCCCCUCUGCCCAGUCCGGGUGAGCCUCAGAGGACAACUAAGGCAGCCCAGGUCUCAGCCUCCAGCAUGAACCUGCGCAAACGUGUCAUGGACAAGGUUUAUACCAAACCGGUCACACGGAGAAGAAAACUAUGAGGAAGCUACCAGAAUUGAUGGGUCCGAAGGUUCUGUCAGAACCUCCCAUCAGCUGUGCUUGUUCCCCAGUCUGAAGGGAACAGUAUGAAUAAAAACACAGGCUGUACCUUUUUAUGAAUCUUGGGGUCAGCUGUUUUUCUGUUUUAGAAAAAUGAUGCCGCCCCCACCACUGGAGCUGAAUCUGUGUAUAUUCUUUUUACAAUGUUCUCAAUAAAGAUAAUUGUUAAAAGAUAAA